AUGCGUUACGCGGUUCUUGCGGCUGGAAAACGCGUUAGGCCAAUACUCUGUCUCGCUUCUUGCGAGCUAGUAGGCGGCAAAGAAAACGCGGCUAUGCCAGCGGCUUGUGCGGUUGAGAUGAUCCACACGAUGUCUCUAAUCAAGGACGACUUGCCAUGUAUGGACAAUGACGAUCUGCGCCGUGGGAAGCCCACGACACACAAAGUCUACGGCGAAGGAGUGGCCAUUCUCUCGGGAGGAGCUCUAUUGUCGCUUGCCUUCGAGCACAUGACUACGGCGGAGAUUUCGCCGGAGAAAAUGGUUUGGUCGGUCAGGGAAUUGGCUAGGUCUAUUGGAACGAGAGGUUUAGUCGCGGGACAAGCCAAGGAUAUAAGCAGUGAGGGUUUGGACUUAAACAAGGUCGGACUAGAGCAUUUGGAGUUUAUCCAUGUCCAUAAAACCGCGGUUUUGUUGGAAACCGCCGCGGUUCUUGGAGCCAUUAUUGGUGGUGGCACUAAUGAAGAGAUUGAGAGUGUGAGGAAGUUUGCAAGGUGCAUUGGAUUGUUGUUUCAGGUUGUGGAUGAUAUCUUGGACGAGACCAAGUCGUCGGAGGAAUUGGGAAAGACCGCCGGAAAAGAUCAGCUCCUCGGAAAGCUAACGUAUCCGAAGCUGAUGGGUUUGGAGAAAUCUAAAGAAUUCGUUAAGAGGUUGACUAGAGAUGCACGGCAACACCUUCAAGGGUUUAGUUCCGAAAAGGUGGCUCCUUUAGUAGCACUUACUAAUUUUAUUGCCAAUAGAAACAACUAA